GGAAACUACAUCUCCCAUGUAGCUUUGCGGUUGAUUGCUUCAUUACUUUCGUACUCCGAGUUGACUCUUGUUUAAAAAGCCGUCUCUGGAGCGUUGUUGUUACUUAGCGCUUGCUCUCGGCUGCAGGAAUGAGCGAGGCUGCAGUUUAUCCUGCGUUUCAGCUCGGACAGCCGCGGUAUGAUCAGAGCUCCUUCCUCGGCAGGUUCAGACACUUUGUAGACAUCAUCGACCCCAGAACUCUUUUUGUAUCAGAGGCUCACUUAAAGCAAUGUGUUGCUCUCCUGGAUGAUUUUAAACAUGGGACUCUUCCUCCUGGAACAACAGAUCAACAGCUCUGGGAGGCUCAGAAGGUGAAACAGGCUAUUAUUCACCCUGACACCGGGCAGAAGAUCUUUAUGCCUUUUCGCAUGUCAGGUUAUGUUCCAUUUGGAACACCUAUAGUGGUUGGCCUUCUCCUCCCAAACCAGACUCUGGCAUCCACUGUGUUCUGGCAGUGGUUAAACCAGAGCCAUAACGCUUGUGUAAACUACGCCAACCGCAAUGCCACAAAGCCCACGCCAACAUCCAGAUUUAUUCAGGGCUACCUGGGAGCUGUGACGAGUGCUGUCUCAAUUGCGGUGGGUCUGAAUGUGCUUAUAGAGAAAUCCAGGAAAUUUAACCCAGCCACCAGACUCAUCAUACAGAGAUUCAUUCCUUUCCCUGCUGUAGCUAGUGCAAAUGUGUGCAAUGUGGCUCUCAUGAGACACAACGAACUCUCAGAGGGAAUUGAUGUGCUAGACUCCAAUGGGAAUGUGGUGGGCUCUUCGCGGAUAGCAGCCAAACAUGCGCUGAUGGAGACAGCGUUUACACGAGUGGUCCUGCCGCUGCCUAUAUUUGUUCUCCCACCUAUCAUCAUGGCCUUUGUGGAGAAGCUGCCGCUGAUGCAGGCCCAUCGCCGGCUCAUGCUGCCUGUCCACAGCUUAGUGUGCCUGGCCGUGUUCGGUCUCUCUCUGCCUCUCGCCAUAAGCCUCUUCCCACAGAUGUCUCAAAUCGAGGCUUCUCACCUUGAGCCGGAAAUUGCCAUGGCAACCGAUUGCAAGGUGCUGACCUAUAACAAGGGACUGUGAAGAAAGCAAAGAGAGAGAGAUGCCAAAAGAUAGAGAGGAAAGGAAGCAGAAGACAAAUUAUUCUGUUUAAGCAGCUGUUCAUGGUCAUGUAACAAGGCAGGUGCAGUGGAGUUUGGAAAGGAUUACACUGUAGCAUAAGAGCAAUAAUUACAUCAUGUUAACUACAUCACCUUAACCUUCAAGCCAUUAAUCUGUAUUACAAUGAAUAAUAUAUAACAGUAUGUAGUUUACAGUAUGCAAAAGGUUUAGUAUUAUAAAGUGUCGCACAGUCUUUGCUGCAGUUUUGGUAAGGCCAAUUCACAAACUAAACAAUAUUCUGUUGUAAUUUAGCUGGCAAGCAUUUUUAUUACUUUAAGAUUAAUGGAAGAUUAAUUAUGGAAGAUUAAUGAAAGCAGUGGUGCACUGGUGCUUUCUGAAAGUAUGGAUACACCAAGAAACAGCUUUUAAUAUUAUUUUAUUCGGCAAUGUGUUCUGGAAGAAUAAUUAUGGAAGGUUAAUGGAAGCAGUGGUGCACUGGUGCUUUCUGAAAAUGUGAAUACACCAGGAAACAGUUUUUAAUCAUAUUUUUAAAUCGGCAAUGUGUUCUGUUAGCCUAGUUUGACAUCCUCAAAACACCAGAGACUCUGAGUGAGUUAUAUUAGACUGAUUCCUAACUAACAGUAUGUGUCAGUUAAAGAAGAGGUCUGACAGUUAACACUAAUCACAGUACUGAAAAUCAACACUUGUGUCACCCAGUCUUAACAAAAAUUGUACGUUGUGAGCUUCACGCAGCUGGAAUUCAUGGCCGGGCUUCUAUUCAGAAACAUUUUGUAUCAAAGGCCAAUGUGCAUAUGGAUAACUUGUGUUCUGCCACAGUACAGGUACAAUUAUUAAUGCAAACUCCAUACAAACAAGUUAAACCUGGGUCUCUGCAUGUUUUUAAGAUUUGAGACAACUGUGAAAUUUCUUCUAAUAUUAGUGUUUAAUUAUCUGAUGCUAUAAUAGCAACCUUUAAGAUGCACAAAGGCUUUCUAAUUAGUCGACAUUUAUGCAGUUUAGAAACUUCACUUAUUGUUAGGUUUUAAUGUCUCCUUUAUUCUUUUUUUUCGUUUUAUAUUCUUAUUAACUCAUUGUAGCUUUGUAACACUCACUACAACUUUGUAACUGACAGAGUAUUGCGUUGAUAUUUCUACUGGUGUCAAAAACAUUCCCUUUAUGAGAACUGUGAUUUGAGAAUGUGAGAUUUUCUUAUUGUGUUUUGUUUUUGUUUUUUGCACUUGCUGUAACACUUAUAAUCAGGUACUUUAAUAACAGAAUAUUGACAAAUAUAUUUAAGGGUCUGCAACCCUGUUGUUUUUA